AUGUCCUUGUCGAGUGAUAAUCAAAAAGGUGUUGAAAAUUUAGUGGAUAAAUAUAAAAAAGAUGGUCGUUUCGAUGAAGUGAGACGAAAGCAUCUUGCAGAAAUUAGUGCUGAUGUAGAAAGCUUUACGAAAUUGUGUGCCGAAGCUGAACGUUUGGUUGAUGAUGUGCUGGCGAGUCGGUCGAUGUAUUUAACCAAGAACGAAGUUCGUGAGAAAUUACUCAGGGAAUUGAAUUCACGGUUUCGUAAGCGAUGUGAAGCAAUCGUUUUUCAGCGUAUUGGUACGGAUGAUAGCAUAAUGACAUUGUUGAGCGAUAUUCGUCCACGUGUGGAAGCAUAUCUUGGCAUGUCCGGUGAUGAGGCUUCAGAUGAUGUGCAUCAUAUGGAGGAAAACCACCAAGUAUGUGAUAUGGAGAUAGACUCGGAUACCGAACAAGGUACUAGCGGGAUUGAAAAUAUACAGCAACAUCAUCAAAACGAUCAACAGCAAAUGCACACUCUCGCCGAAAUUCAACUGCCUCCAUCCACUAGACUUGCAUCAUGCAAUAGCCACCCUACUAGAUCACCAAACACUAGCUCAGCGCAUCGACCGACUUGGAAUCUGAAUUCACCAAACCGAGGAGGAGGAGCUUGGAAUACGGGACAAUCAUAUACAAAUGCAAGUGCAUUGAAAUUGCUUGAUGAGUUCAUUUGA